AUGGCUACAACCCUCGACGAUCUGCUCGAUGCGUUGGUCGUGCCCCCAGCGUUUGCGCGAUAUGACAGGAUAACAGACACGGCUACUUUAUCUGACGUGCGGGCAUGGAAGUCGAGAUUACUGCCAACACUUUCCCAACUGGACGUCUCGUCGUCAUCGUUAUCGACAGCUGAACGGGCAAAACUUGUAAGAGUUCUCGCCCCACUCACCGCCACCGCGCCAUGGACCUCUUCGAAAUCUCGUACCCUUGCAGCCACACUCCUCGCAACAAUUUCCCCCACUCCCACACUCGUCACAUACACGCUUUCGAGCGUGGUCAAACCCCUCUUUGCUGCGACGCCCCACCCUCGUCUUCAUCUCGCAACAGCACGUGUCCUUGCUCGCCCAGCCGAUACACAGGAUACAUACCACCAUCAGCCAUGGAAAGAUUGUCCCGGCCUGGAGGAGGUCCUCAGGUGGUGUAUCUUAAACACGCAGUCGCCGACUUACGAGCAAAUAUGGCCUCUUAUUCUGCCCCCCACCAUGACCUUCCUUGACGAUUAUGAAGUUCCCUACAAAGUGCUUGGCGUACGCCUUAUCUCCGAUAUGUUAACCUGCGUACCUUCAGAACUACUCCUACGGACCGGCGUAGAUGCACUACUUUUCAACUCUCUUACGAGUGCCCUGAAUCACCUCCGUGACCAGAGCACUCCCGAGUUGAUUCGAACGGUAGUCCCGACAACACUACAGCUUAUUGACCUUACUACGCCUUCGCCGUUUCCUAACCCAUCUCCUUUCCCACUCUCCACGGAUGGUACAAAGGGCGCCAGCUCAACGGAUUUGAGCCUUUCACUUUCUCCAUCCUUACAGAAGUCCCUUACUACAAGGUUUAAUCGUCUGUCCACCCUACUCUCCUCAUCGAUUCUGGGGACAGUCAUUCUGUACACACCGACAGUUGUCCCAUCGGAACCGGCUCCUACUCUGGAUCCGUUUUCGGACCCUGAGCACGUGGCAUCGGACUCUGGGUCGGAGCCUUUCACAAUUCGGCCUGUACAGGAAGCAAAGCCAAGUACCCAUGUUCCACAUCCUACUUUGGUGGCAGCUUCCCAUGUCCUGCCUCCCGUUAUAUCUGCUCUCGGUGUAGGGGCUGCGAGGUUUUUGAAAGGCAUCGUGCCAGUGGUCGUUGGCUGGCUCGCGCUGCCUAUCUCUACCCCAGGAUCUUCACACUCAACUAUUAUCCCAACACCUGUCGACCCUUCAGAAGGGGAGAAAAAAACUGGCCAAGCACAAGUGAACAUCAAUGAACCGCUCGCCUUGCAUCUUGCAGCCCUGCACGUUGUGAACGUUCUGAUUGAUACAUGUCCAUCACGAAUCGCUCGGUGGUCGACAACCAUUACUGAUGGUCUGGCUCGGUGUUGGGUUGGUUGUGUAGAUGCCGUGUCUACUGACACUGCACCACCUCGGCUGGAGGUACUCCGCGGACGCCUGCAGGAGGUUGCAGUGGAAUUGGCAACUGCGUGUCCACGUGUAGUCAGGAAUGAAUUCACACAGCUCCUUGAAGUUGAUCAGACGCUGUUUGACGGACUAGUAGGAAGUAUAUACACAGCUCAGUGUGAUGAUCCCACACUUGGAGUUGUGGCCAUGAAUAAUUCCGGCAAUGCCACCUCGGAAAUAGUCUCAUGA